UGUGAACAUCCCUACUAUUUUUGAGAUCACACCAAUACUAAGGGAAACAAAUGACAAUGUGAACAGAGGUGAAGUAAUAAAGCCGAACGAUCGAGUCGUCCCUUUUCGAUUACGACCAGCAAGCAGACAACAUCUUCUUUCAUUUAGCUCCGACCGAUACCUGUCUUUCGCGUGGUUAUCAGUGGCGACGGGGAUAUUGGAAGUUUUUGCUUACUGUCCGGGAGUUUGGUAAAAUCGGGUAAUUAAAACACGCAGUGAAAACGGCGAACUACAACCGGUAAAACCAUUUUUCGAGACAGAGCGAAAACACGUGUUUUCUUUUGUUUGAGUGACGGGCUCAAAAGUGAACAUUUUGUUUUUGGUGCGGCACAAUUUUUUUUCCUUCUGCUCGUCUGCUUAGUGGUGGCCUUGGCAGUAAAAUUCGAUCUCCAGCUGGAGUAAAAGUGCGGUAGGCCGGCAGAAAUCCGGAAAAAGGUGUGCAGCACGUAAUAAUCGUUUAACAUAGCGGAAAACGUCCGGCGGAAGGCUGUUCCGGUAGAACUUUCUACGGUUCCGGCUGGGGUUCUCGCAUUGAAAGGUGGUGUGUGCUGCGGAGGAACAAAAGGACGACGUCAUUUUGUUGGAGCUGGUCCGACAUUGGUAAAGCAGGCGGUGCGCAUUAGUGGUUGCGUUUAAACGGUUCUUGGUCCGAGUCGUGCUAGCUUUACGUGAUUUUGGCCGGCAUCUGGGCGAGCAACAGGACAACGAGCUCGAUUGGUCAUCUGUGAGGACGCGCUGUGUAGUCUGGUGCGGUGGUACGACGCCAUUUUGUACGAUCGAGACAGUGAUUACCAGCGGAAGCUCGAGGACGUCGCUGUUGGAGGUGCUUGGAAGUCAUUGUUUGGCGUGACCUUGAGUUAAGUAGGCCAAAUAAGCUGGCAACGGCCGGAACAGGAGAAACGGGCAAAAUGAGCAUGGCAUCGAGUAUCGAGCAGUACCGCAAAGGCGCAGUCUUUGGAGAUUGGGCCGAUAGGCUAGAAUACACGUUUAAGGCCAACAAAGUGGAGGGUGAACUUAAAAAAUCACAUUUUAUGAACCUUUGUGGUCCGUUUAUCUAUUCUCAACUUAAACUUCUCUUCAAGAAGGAUGAAUUAGACAAAGCUGAUUAUGCUACCAUUGUGGCAAAACUCAAGCUUAAACUUGAUUUAGUUGAGCCUGACCUUGUACAACGGUUUCGGUUCAGUCAAAGAACGCAACAACCGGACGAAACCGCUGAGGAGUUUGUGCAAGCGGUCAAACUUCAAGCUGAGUUUUGUGGGUUUGAAAAUUUCAAAGAAGUUGCAAUCAUUGAUAGAGUUUUGGUUGGACUUAGUGAUGCUGUGUUGAAGGAAAAUCUUCUGAAGGAGGAAAAGUUGGAUUUGGCAAAAUUGGACAAGUUUAUCACUACAUGGAACAUUGCUAAACGCAAUGUACAUUCGCUUUUCAAUCAAAAUUCGUGCGCUAAUUACAACUACCCUCCUCCGGAGAUGAUUAACCAAGUGAGAAGACCAGUUCACGAGCGUUUGGGCCAUCCCUACAAUCAAAGACAACACACACGCACACAAAACAAUGUCAAUAGACAGAGUAACGGUUUCAAUAGAUCGGGAAAUGGCUACAACAGAUCUGGUUACAACAACAACAAUCACAAUCGCACACAAAAUUCACAAAACACUCAACGUACAGUUCGAUUCCAAGGUGAUAACCGUAACAACACACAAAGAAACACAAACUACAGUAACAAUAACAGACUAAAUGGUCGUAACAACUACAACAAUUGGCCUAAGAGGGAUUAUUCAGAGAUGGUAUGUGAUUACUGCGGGGAGUUAGGUCAUAUAAAAAGAAAGUGUUUCACAUUGAGAAACCUGCGGCGAGAUGCGGUGAAUUUCAUCGAGGCCGCGAAGCCAGGGACCAGUGCUGAAAAGGAGUUGUCAGAUCUGAUGGGGCGCAUGAGGACAACGGAUGUUCCUAGGGCGGAGACAUCGGAUGAUGAAAGCUACUCCGAGUGGAAUCCAGAUACAAAUUGGAAACGCGGUGCUAAUCGCGCAGCGCGGACAGCUUAAACCGCGACGUGAACGCCGGCACGGGCAUCCAAAUUUGAUGAUGCCGCUCGCGAAGCCGGUGACGAACGAAGCUGAAGACAACCUGGAGCUCGAGAUGGGAGAAGAUUUUGAGAUAUUGCGGGGCACCGGAUGCGGUGAAGGCCCGUUCCGAGGUUUUCCGGAACCGGUUCAACCAAGAGCGAGGAGACGGAAGCGGGAUGCCGCCGAGGCAGAUUUGCCAGAGAUUUGUCUUCGGCGUUCUAAACGCAUAAGGAAUCCAAAAGUGGACAGUGAAUUUAACUAUAACUAGUGAAUUGUAUUCGCGCUCUAAAUUUGUAUUAACUGAUACAUGAAUGAAUUCUAAACUAUGUUCUUUAUUUUAUUAUGUAAAACCAUUCCUAAGAAGGGAGAACUGAUGUGAACAUCCCUACUAUUUUUGAGAUCACACCAAUACUAAGGGAAACAAAUGACAAUGUGAACAGAGGUGAAGUAAUAAAGCCGAACGAUCGAGUCGUCCCUUUUCGAUUACGACCAGCAAGCAGA